GUCUACAUAUAUUUUUUAAAAAAUACAACCUCGUUCGAUAGCUAUCGAUAAGUGUAUCAAUCAGAAAUGCCGCUAAAAGAAAAAAAUACAAAAACAGGGAACUUAAAACGCAAUUUUUGAAUAUUCUACGAAAAUUGUUAUCGGUGUUCCUCUUUCAAAUUAAACUCUACAAUAACGCAAAACACGCAUAAGUUAUGAAAAGUAUAUUAAGAAAUUCAGAAUUUGUAUCCUUAAUGAACGUAUAAAUAAUUACACCUUUUAAUAUUUGCGUUCAGGUGUAUUAAUGUAUUCACGUUUUAGUUUAUGCAAUUUUUAAUAUUAAUUUACAUUGUAUCGUACGUUGUUAAUCGGUGAACCGUAGCAACAAUGUCUGUUUCUCGUGUAGAAGAACUGAUUAAUUAUUUUAAGUCACAUAACAAGAUUAGGGAGCAACAAAGUCACUCUGCAAAAGUACACAGCGUAGGAUGGAGUUGCGAUGGAAAACUUUUGGCGUCAGGUUCAUUUGAUAAAUCUGUUUGUAUAUUUUCCCUGGGACCGGAUCGUUUGAAGCAAGAGACAACAUUCAGAGGACAUGGUGGCAGUGUAGAUCAGCUCUGUUGGCACGCUUUUUAUCCAGAACUGUUGUCCACUGCAAGUGGAGACAAAACUGUACGUAUAUGGGAUACAAGAACUCAGAAGUGCACUGCAAAUAUAAGCACUAGAGGAGAAAAUAUAAAUAUAUCAUGGUCUCCCGAUGGUAACACAAUAGCAGUAGGAAACAAAGAAGACUUGGUUACUUUCAUCGAUGCACGUGUAAUGAAAAUUCGCGCAGAAGAACAGUUCAACUUUGAAGUAAAUGAAAUUUCAUGGAACAAGGACUCUGAUACGUUUUACCUUACAAAUGGACAAGGCUGUGUACAUAUACUUAGCUAUCCAGAUUUGGAGUUGUUACACGUGAUCAAAGCACAUCCAGGAACAUGCAUUUGUAUAGAAUUUGAUCCCACUGGGAGAUAUUUUGCUACUGGUUCAGCUGAUGCAUUAGUUUCUUUGUGGGAUGCAGAUGAACUGUGCUGUUUAAGGACAUUCUCUAGAUUAGAAUGGCCAGUUAGAACUAUAUCGUUCUCUUAUGAUGGACAACUUUUAGCAGCUGCAUCAGAAGAUCUUGUUAUAGAUAUAGGUGAAGUGGAAACUGGAGAGAAGAUUGCAGAUAUACCUGUAGAAGCAGCAACUUUCACAGUUGCUUGGCAUCCAAAACAAUAUUUAUUAGCAUAUGCAUGUGAUGACAAAGAUACUUAUGAUAGGAAACGAGAUGCUGGCAGUUUAAAAGUAUUUGGAUUUGCUAAUGAUUGAAUAACUAUUUUUAGAUACACUUAUUAAAAUAUAUUAUUGUAUAAAAAAACGAAUGAUGAAAUCCUUUUUUAUUCUUUGAACUCUCCCUAAGGGAUUUCCUGAAUAUUUGAGAUGAUAAGUGUGAGAUAAAAAAUAAAAUUACAAUUUAUUUUAAAAUA